CAGCGACAGCCGAAUUACAGCCAGACUGGCCUUGGUCACAGAAAAAGACAACACGGUAUGACGUCUACGUCGAGAUAUCUCGGCCAUCGCGCACUUCGAUCGCUUAUGUCGAGAACUGCUGCGGAGUCGUUGGGAACACAAGCGAGGCCGGCCCUGGGAGGUGCAGCAGCACAAACUCGCCGCUUUCAAGUGGCAGCAUCAUCGGCAAGCACCUCGUCAGCAGCAACAGAGCGUCCGCUGCUGGGCCGCAACCAUCCGAGAAGUCGCUCCCCCUGGCUCUCCCAACAGUCCCGAAGUUUUUUCAUCCAGACGGAGCCAACGCCCAACCCCAACUCCCUCAAGUUCCUACCGGGCCGACCUGUGCUCCCCGCUGAACACGGAACGGGGGUGUACUUCACCCCCGAUGAUAGGGAGAAGAGCCAGAGUCCUUUGGCGGUCGCUCUACUGAGCUUGGAGGGUGUUGCGGGCGUCUUUCUCGGAACCGACUUCAUCACCAUUUCCAAGCACGACGAGGGCGGCUGGACCCUCAUGAAGCCGGUCGUAUUCGGCGAGAUCAUGGACUUCUUUGCAGAGGGCAAGCCGGUCAUGUUGGCCGAGCCGGUGGUCACCGACACGACCAUUCUCGACGAUGAUGAUGAAGUGGUGGCCAUGAUCAAGGAGCUCUUGCAGGAGCGGGUGAGACCGGCGGUACAGGAGGACGGAGGGGACAUCUUCUACAGGGGCUUCGACCCGAACACGGGCACCGUCAACGUGCAGCUCGCCGGCUCCUGCGUCGGCUGCCCGAGCUCCACCGUGACCCUCAAGAACGGGGUAGAGAAGAUGCUGAUGCACUACAUCCCGGAGGUGACGGCCGUCAACGCCGUCGAGGACGAGGAGCUGAAACAGGUCAACCAGAAGGAGGUCAACGAGCUGGAGGACCGGCUCAAGGCAGCAGGGGUGCCCUUCGAACCAUGACCCCAAUCGCCGAGCAGAGAACCAGCAGCAGCAGUCCCCGAGAACGCCACGUGGUUUGUCCACCCGGACACCUCGCCAUCGACAGGCCGGUUGUAAUUAAUCCUUUGGGCUCUUCGUUUAGCUUCCCCACGGACCCCUCGCUAUCGACAAGCCGCUCGUUGUAGUCCUUUGGCUCGUCGUGGUGCUGAACGUGUGUCUUUCCCGUGAGGCUACUCGCGCUACGCAAAAAAGCGAGGCAACGCCCAGUGCUACAGACGGUGCCACGAGGCACCGGGGGGCCUGGCCAAAUCGGAAGACGGUGCCGGUACGGAAUAGGCACCACGACAUCGUUGGGGGGGGACGGG